AUGACUGACACAGACGGGCUGGAUGAAAAGUUAUCAGACUUCCUCAAGGAGGAUUCUGUUACGUCCGAGCAAAGAGAAUUCAAUGAGCUCUCAAACAAGGCCAAACUUGAACGUUUGAACCGUUUGAUCCAGCAGACAGAGAUAUACUCGCAGAUCAUUUUGGACAACAUGCUUGAAAAGUCGCUUGAGAAGCAGAAGGAGCAGAAACGGCAGAACAAGCUCAAAAAGCGUGAAUUACGGCGCAAGAAACGAGAGAAAUAUGAAGAGAAGAAGAAGCUUGCUGCUGAAAUGGGCGAGCCUGAGCCUGCACCACCUUCGGAGUCGGAGUCGGAUCUUAGUGAUGACGAGGAGAUCGCGGAUGAUGAAGCGUCUAGAGAACAUGCCGAAGUUGAAAAGAAUGCCACCGACUCAGAAAAGGAGGACUUCAAGCCCGAGUCUGACUCUGAUUUGGAGGUUGUGGAGGUUCUGAAAGUUUCUAGAAAGCGUAAAGGCAAGGCUCCUAAGCGCCUGAGCAAGAGGCUACAGAAAGAGAAGCCUAAAAAGAAGACAAGGGAGAGAGAACUUGUGAAGCCCAAGCAAGAAAGUUCCGAAAAGACUAGAGAGACCAGAAAAGCUUUGGAAAGUGCCCAGACCGCUCACAAUCAGGCACAACCCUCUUUGGUCUCCGAGUGCACCAUGAAAGAUUACCAAUUGGAUGGUCUUGAGUGGCUCGUUACACUAUAUGAGAAUGGUCUCAAUGGUAUCCUAGCCGACGAAAUGGGUCUCGGGAAAACGCUACAGUGCAUAUCUUUGAUCUGUUAUCUUAUUGAGCACAAGGUCAAGGGUCCCUUCUUGAUUGUCGCUCCAUUUUCAACCGUGAACAACUGGUGCCGAGAGUUUGCCGCAUUUGCCCCAGAAGUUGAGGUGAUUAAAUAUACUGGUGUCAAAGAAGAUAGACAAGAGAUCAAAUUCUCAAGAAAGUUGAGACAAGCGGUGGUUGUUACUUCUUAUGAGCUCGCCAUAAAAGACUUUCGAAAAAUUUCCAGAAUCUCAUGGGGCUACUUGACAGUCGACGAAGGACACAGACUCAAAAAUUUCGAGUGUCUUCUCAUCCAGAAGCUCAAGCGUCUUGACGCAGCCAACAGAUUAUUAUUGACGGGAACGCCGCUUCAGAACAAUUUAAAUGAAUUGUGGUCACUUCUCAAUUUCAUUUUACCGGACAUUUUCAGUGAUUUAGAACUUUUUCAACUGUGGUUCAACUUUGAAGAGUUCGCAAGCGAGGGCAAGACAGAGCAGGAUAAGCUCAUUCAAGAGGACGUUAAACAAAAGUUGGUCAAGAGCUUGCACUCCAUCCUCAAACCAUUCCUAUUGAGACGGCUCAAGAAAAAUGUCAUCAAAGAUCUACCUCCCAAGAAGGAGUAUAUCGUGUAUGCCGACUUGACUCCACUUCAGAGAGCAUUCUAUGCCAGUGUUGUUCAAGGCGGUGCCAAGAAUGCUGUUAUUGAGCUACAUGCCAAAGAACUACUCAUUAAGAACCACCCCGAGCAGUUUACUAGGCCAGAACAUCUCGACCAUGUUACGAAUGUGUUGUACGGUCCCUCUAUCGUUGAUGUCGAAGAGGAAGAAAAAGAGCAACAGGGAAGAAAACUACGAAAAAAUAGAAAACAGCGAUUUUCAAAACGUGAUAUGAGGUUGUUCGAGACUAAUGCCGAUUUGAUCGAACCCGUUAGCGACGAAGAUUUUGAUGACGAAGAAAUUGAGUCCGACCACAAUAAGGCUAAUGAAAAGGUUAUUCCACACAGGUUGGUAAGCAACCAGACACUCACGGGGGAGGAUCUUCAGAAAGAAAUCGAACGACAGACUUUGGAGCUUGAACAGACCUUGAUGCUGGGCAUGAUGGAAGAUGGGGUGCAGACCGUGGGCUCAAAUGGUCCCCUUCUCAGGUUCGUUCCUAAGGAUCAAGAGGUCAGGGAGGUUAGAACUGAUUCACUGGACUGGCCCCAAAAUCAGAUCCAAAAUGGAGAAACCAAUCAGACCACUCCUAACGGCAGCCAUUUCAACAACAGUAGUCACAUCAACGGUCGUCUGCAACCAAAUGGUAACACGAACGGUCAUUUGCACGAAAAAAUUUACAACACUCUCGAGGAAGUCAUCACGAACGUUCGGACAUCGUCUUCAGUCAAUGGAAAUGGCAUAUCGAAAUAUGAAAGCAAGAACAGGACAAAAGAAGAUCCAAAGAGUUCCGCAGAUCCUGUUAAACCAAAAAAGAGGAGACUGCCCAGAAAGACGAAGGUUAUCAAAAACGCCACGCCCUCAGACAGUGAGUCAGACAUCGAGAUUAUUGAGAUCAAAGACGAUUCUGAUUUGACAGAAGAUGAAAAAAGAAGGAUGUUUGCUGAAGAGGCGGUAGCAAUCGCUAGAAAGCAUGCGAUCAAUCUUCAUCUUCAAAAUCUUGUCAUGCAACUAAGAAAGGUGUGUGGGUCGCACUACACAUUUUACAACCCAUACUACUUCGACAUCGACUUGGAGAAUCCCGACGAUGAUAUCGUGAGUGAAUAUCUGCAGUUGAUAGUGAAGCAUUCUGGCAAAAUCCAGUUGCUCAAACAACUCUUGGAUCGUCUCAUACCAGAGGGUCACAAAGUAUUGAUAUUUUCACAAUUUCAGAUCAUGCUUGAUGUUCUUGGGAAUGUAUUGCACGAAAAAGGCAUCGCUUUUAACAGACUUGAUGGACAGACAAAACAAGACGAGAGGGAGGAGGCAAUGAUGGAGUUCAGGGAAGAUGCAGAGGACUCCAGUAAGGUGUUUUUGCUAUCCACGAGAGCUGGAGGGUUAGGAUUGAAUUUGAUAAGCGCAGAUACAGUAAUUCUCUUUGAUAGUGACUGGAAUCCUCAGAUGGACCUUCAAGCCAUUGACCGUGUUCACAGAAUUGGACAGACCAAACCAGUCAAAAUCUUCCGACUUGUGGUCAGAAACUCCAUCGAAGAGUUAUUGGUCGUGAAGAGUUUCAGCAAGAGACUAUUGGAAAGAAUGGUGAUUGAGCUGGGAGAAUUCCAGCUUGGCAGAGUUGCAAAGAAGUUGGCUGAAGAGGAAAUUGAUUUGGAGCGGUUCACAUCCAUAAAAGAUGUUCUCGACAUUGGUAGUCGAUUGGACCUCUACGGUGCACACGAACAGGAGUUUACCAUGCUGAAGUCAAGCACCCUUCUACUAGCACCUCCACCUACUUCGAAGCCACUCACACCAGAUGAAAUGGACGAGCUUAUGGACAGAAGCAAAGAGUGUUACGCAAAGGACCCUCUUGUAACAAAGUUUCCCAACGUCACUGCAUUCCAGUCCACCAACAGCGUCGAGGAGGAAGAGAAGGAUGAGUAA